GUAGUAAUGAAGAUUAUAAUGUAAUUGAAUGUAGUACAUGUAGUAAUGGAGAUUACAAUGUAAUUGAAUGUAGUACAUGUAGUAAUGGAGAUUACAGUGUACUUAAAUGUAGUACAUGUAGUAAUGGAGAUUAUAAUGUAAUUAAAUGUAGAACAGGUAGUAAUGAAGAUUAUAAUGUAAUUGAAUGUAGUACAUGUAGUAAUGGAGAUUACAAUGUAAUUGUAUGUAGUACAUGUAGUAAUGGAGAUUACAAUGUAAUUAAAUGUAGUACAUGUAGUAAUGAAGAUUACAAUGUAAUUGAAUGUAGUACAUGUAGUAAUGGAGAUUACAAUGUAAUUGAAUGUAGUACAUGUAGUAAUGGAGAUUAUAAUGUAAUUGAAUGUAGUACAUGUAGUAAUGAAGAUUACAAUGUAAUUGAAUGUAGUACAUGUAGUAAUGGAGAUUAUAAUGUAAUUGAAUGUAGUACAUGUAGUAAUGAAGAUUAUAAUGUAAUUGAAUGUAGUACAUGUAGUAAUGAAGAUUACAAUGUAAUUGAAUGUAGUACAUGUAGUAAUGGAGAUUAUAAUGUAAUUAAAUGUAGAACAGGUAGUACAUAA